AUGUCUGAUAGUGAUAAAGUUGGAAGCUCCACUACUGGAGAUGAACAAUUAACUCAAUAUAGUUCAAGACUCAACAAUAAUGAAAAGAAAGCUGACUAUGUCAAUGCUGAUACUUUUGACGAUGAAAAAUCUUCUAAUGUCGAACCUGAAUAUGUCGAAGUUAAAAGAUCUCUUAAUGCUAGAAUGAUUUCAAUGAUUGCCAUUGGUGGUACUAUUGGUACUGGUCUUUUCAUUUCAACUGGUGGUACUUUAGCUGAUGCCGCUUUAGGUGCUGCUAAUGGUUGGAAUUAUUGGUUUUCUUGGGCAAUUACUUUUGCUUUAGAAUUAUCUGUCGUUGGUCAAGUUAUUCAAUUAUGGACUGAUGCUGUUCCUUUAGCUGCUUGGAUUACCAUCUUUUUCGUUAUCUUAACCGUUUUCAAUCUUUUCCCAGUUAAAUAUUAUGGUGAAGUUGAAUUUUGGAUUGCCUUUUUAAAAGUUAUCGCCGUUGUCGGUUGGUUACUUUAUGCUUUUAUUAUCGUUUGUGGUGCCGGUAAAACUGGUCCAGUUGGUUUCAGAUACUGGAGAAACCCAGGUCCAUGGGGUCCAGGUAUUUUGGUUGAAAAUGUUAACACUGGUAGAUUCUUAGGUUGGUUAGCUUCUUUGAUUAAUGCUGCUUUCACUUUCCAAGGUACUGAAUUAGUUGGUAUCUCUGCUGGUGAAUCUGCUAACCCAAGAAAAACCGUUCCAUCUGCUAUAAGAAAAGUUUUAUUCAGAAUUUUAGUGUUUUACGUUUUAUGUAUGCUUUUCAUUGGUUUAUUAGUUCCUUAUGAUGAUCCAAAAUUAGCUGCUAACGGUUACUAUACUGCUUCUUCUCCUUUCAUUGUUGCUAUGCAAAAUGCCGGUACUAAAAUCUUACCAGAUAUCUUUAAUGCUGUUGUUUUAGUUACUAUUAUUUCUGCUGGUAACUCUAACAUUUACUGUGGUUCUAGAAUUCUUUAUGGUUUAGCUGAAGCUGGUGUUGCACCAAAAUUCUUUAAAAGAACUACUAAACAUGGUGUUCCAUAUGUUGCUGUUUUAUUCACUGCUUCCUUUGGUUCAUUGGGUUAUUUAGCUUGUUCCGAUCAAGGUAACAAUGCCUUUAACUGGUUAUUAAACAUUACCGCUACUUCAGGUUUAAUUGCUUGGGGUUGGAUUAGUUUCACUCACAUUAGAUUUAUGCAAAUCUUAAAACAAAGAGGUAUUGAAAGAGAUUCAUUACCAUUCAAAGCUAAAUUCAUGCCAUAUGGUGCUUAUUAUGCUGCUAUUGCCAUUUUCAUUCUUGUUUUUGUUCAAGGUUUCCAAGCUUUCUUUGGCUUUACUGCUACUGCUUUCUUUACUGCUUACGUUUCAAUUAUCCUUUUCGUUGUUUGUUGGAUUGUUUUCCACUUUUACUUCAACGGUUUCGGUGCUAAAGCUUGGAAAUGGUCAUCUGUCUUUAUUCCAAUUGAAGAAUGUGAUAUCGAUUCUGGUGUCAGAGAAAUUGAUGAUUUAGUUUGGGAAGAAGAACCACCAAAGAAUAUUUGGGAAAAAUUCUGGAAUUGGGUUGCAUAA